AUGGCGGAGGGUGAGAGGCGGGACAUGGUCGUAUGGGGUUAUGGGGCAUGGCCUGCUGAAAGGUUUGGUUACUUGGUCAAGGCGAUGGGUGCCCUUUUGACGUGGGUUUCAGCUGGACUGUUCUCCUUCAUUUUGGUGUCAUACACCUGGAUUGGGCGGAGGUGUGCACAUGUCCACCUGUUUCCAUGUGCGAGUGGAUUCCCGACGAUGCUGUACGGACGGGAUUUACAACGACAAUGCCCAUUGCGUCCUGGCUCAACCUGGACCCCAGGAAGCCAGGAACGAGUGGCUUCAUGGUGCCGAUACAUGAUUGCUCUUGCACGAGAUGCAGGCACGAGCAUGGGACCUUGA